GGUGAACAGUGAGUGACUUUUCCACACCAUAAUUCAUUUUUCAAUUGUCUGGGAUCUGUUGUUGACUGUCGCAGUUCCAUCAUCAUGGCCCAUCGCAUCAUAACCCAAGUCGUCAUAACCGGCUCACGAGUUCUCGGGCGCGCCCUCACCGAAUCCUGGAAACAAGCAAAAGCCUCCUCAGCAUACCAAAAAGCGCAACAAAAUGGUUCUGCUUCGGGUGGUCCAACUUUCUCCUCCAAUGGUCUCACAUUAGAUGAGGCCUGCAAAAUUCUCAAUGUUAAACCACCAAAAGAGGGCAAAAUGGAUAUGGAAGAUGUGAUGUCGCGGUUCAAGAAAUUGUUCGACACGAACGAUCCGAAGAAGGGGGGAAGUUUUUAUCUCCAGAGUAAAGUGCUGAGAGCGAGAGAGAGGUUAGAGGGCGAAGUGAGGGUUAAGGCAGAAGCAUUGGAGAGGGAGGCCGAAUUGGAGAAAGGGUGGAAACCGAAGGUUUUUAAGGACCGGUGAUCAAUGCUAUUGAGGUGCGGGGCUGAUGGGUGUGUAGGAUGGAUAAAUCUUAGGACGGCAAGACGGUUGAGGAACGAUAAUAUCCCGACAUAAGCUUGAACUGAUGGACGACGUCGAACGAACCCUGAAUGAAUCCUCCCUGCGGAUAAAUGGAUGUGCAAACUCUUCCCUCUUUUGUAUUAAAUACAUAGCAUGGCGUUUUGGGGUGGGAAAGAUUAUGUGGGUAUCCUGGUCAGCAUUUCUUGCGUGGAUAUGAGAGGUUAUGUAGAUACUGCAUGAGAAAGACGGUCAAAUAUGAACAAAUGUUCCAAUCUACAAUAUAUUGGGGCGAAAUUAUAUUUUUGGUUUGCAUUUUCGAGGGGGCCAUAUUUAGUUCAACUCGCCAAUUACUACUUCUCUAUUUAG